GCAAAAAAAGUCGAACAGUUUUGGGUCGAAUUCAAAUUAAAGAGUUAUGGAUAUCAGGAUGACGAAGAAGAACGUGAGUACGGACAAGAAACAGCAAAAUGGCAAUGUCUUAGCUCACUCAACCCCAAGUUCAAACCAUUAUUUUACUCAGACAACAACACAAUUCAAGUACGCAAAAUUGCUAUUCAUUUCGUUAACCAAGCAGAAGACAUUGAAGAAGGAGACUCUAUCUCAGUUUAUGUUUGCUACUGCAAAUUUUUCAAGGACGAAUUUGGAGGACCAAUUCUCAUGCAUGUCUUCAAGCCACGUCAGCAACUCUACGUUGAAACUGAAAUAACACUCAUGCAUGGAAUGUAUCUCAAGUUUGAAAGCCAAUUGGAAAACACAUACAACAUUUGGCUUUCAUACAUUCAGUUCGAUACACCAGAUGACUUUGAUGUUGAAGAAGAAGACUCUACUCAAGAAGAUGAACCACAAGACUCAAUCCAAGAAGAGUCCUCCGAAUUCACACCAGAAGACUAA